CUGAACAAAGCCAAAAGCUUCUCUUAUAAACUUCUGAAAUUGCUCUCCUUCUAGGGUUUAAGAUUUCCCCCCAAAUCCCCAACUGAAAAAUCUAUAGGGUUUCAGUUCUUCGCAAUUCACAGAACCAGCCAUGGCGCGUAAUGAAGAGAAAGCCCAGUCAAUGUUAAAUCGAUUCAUCACAAUGAAAGAAGAAGAAAAGAAAAAGCCAAAAGAACGGCGCCCAUAUUUAGCCUCAGAGUGUCGAGAUUUAGCUGAAGCAGACAAAUGGAGGCAGCAAAUCAUGCGAGAAAUCGGUCGAAAAGUAGCCGAGAUCCAAAACGAAGGAUUAGGAGAACACAGAUUAAGAGACCUAAAUGAUGAGAUUAAUAAGUUGAUUAGAGAGAAAGGGCACUGGGAAAGGAGGAUUAUUGAACUCGGUGGGCCUAAUUAUACUAAGCAUUCGGCUAAAAUGACGGAUUUGGAAGGGAAUAUUGUUGAUGUUCCAAACCCGGGUGGACGUGGUCCUGGGUAUAGGUAUUUUGGUGCUGCGAAGAAGUUGCCUGGUGUUAGGGAAUUGUUUGAGAAACCUCCUGAAUUGCGAAAACGAAGAACGAGGUAUGACAUAUACAAGAGGAUUGAUGCCAGCUACUACGGGUACAGAGAUGAAGAGGAUGGAAUAUUGGAGAAGUUGGAGGGACCAGCAGAGAAGAAAAUGCAGGCUGCAGCUGUGAAAGAAUGGAUGGAGAUGGAAGAGAUAAAGAGGGAAGCCAUGAAGGCGGUAAAAAGUGGGGAGGUAGUAGAGGUGGGUUUGGGAUCAAAGAUAUUGUUCGAGGAGGAAGAGGAUGUGAUCGAGGAGGAGAGGAGGCAAAAGGAGAGGGAGGAGGAGAAAGAAAAAGAAUUUGUGGUACAUGUCCCAUUGCCGGACGAGAAGGAGAUUGAAAGGAUGGUAGUGGAGCAGAAGAAGAUGGAGCUCUUGAGCAAAUAUGCUAGUGAGAAUUUAAUGGAAGAGCAAAUGGAAGCUAAGGCCAUGCUCAACAUUCAAAGAUCUGGGAUUAAUGCAACUGUAGUAGCGCGUUUGUACUUCUUUCAAGUGUAGCAAUGAAUAGAAUCACAAUUUCAAGCGUCUGUCUUCUCCGAGGCUUCAGUUAAUGCUAUAGUUCCUUCGCUUUCUAUAGUUAAUUUGCAUUUCAAAUCAGCUAUAACAUUGAUUUUCCAGUUGCAGAACAAUGUGAAGAAAUGCAUCAAAUGUCUUGUAAUCAAUCAACUUUACUUCAAUGCCACACUAGAUUGAAACAGCGAUAUGAUUCCUUUGUA